AGACGUCCGUAGAAGGACCACACCCCUUUAUCUGAUUGGCGAAGCUGCCGGGGUCAAAGAUCAAGAGGCUGUCUAUACCUCACGAGAGCCUUCGUUUCUAGUUCCUGUUCUUGCGAUGUAUUAAGUAGACAUCUGUAGUUUUGCUAUGUUAUUCAGGUCACUGGUAGCGAGUGCCUGCGCCAUUGGUGUACUCGGAGCAGCUACGACCUUUAAAUUCAGUCCCCCAAGUCUUUGCCGUGCUCUCCUGCAUUCCUCCAGAAGAUCCUCACUCGUGGCGCAGUCCGACAUGAAGGUGGAGUUGCUUCCAGCCCUCACGGACAACUACAUGUACCUGCUGAUCGACAGGGACACCAGAGAGGCGGCCGUGGUGGACCCUGUAGAGCCUGGCAAGGUUGUUGAUGCAGUCAAAAAGCAUGGAGUGAAACUCACUACUGUCCUAACCACACAUCAUCACUGGGACCAUGCAGGAGGCAACGAGAAGUUGUUAAAGCUUGUCCCAGGGCUGAGGGUGUAUGGUGGGGAUGACAGGGUGGGUGCCCUUACUCAGAAAGUCACUCACUACAACACUUUCAAAAUUGGCUCCCUCAAUGUGAAGUGCCUGUUUACUCCAUGCCACACCACUGGGCACAUUUGUUACUUUGUCACCAAAGACAAGAGCUCUGAACCUCCUGCUGUUUUCACAGGUGACACACUUUUCGUCGCGGGCUGUGGAAAAUUUUUUGAAGGCACUGCAGAGGAAAUGUACAAAGCAUUGAUUGACAUUCUCGGACGCCUCCCACCCGAGACGCGGGUUUAUUGUGGGCAUGAGUACACCAUCAACAACCUCAAAUUUGCUCGACAUGUAGAACCAAACAAUGAGGCUGUUCGGAAAAAGCUGGCUUGGGCUAAGGAAACAUAUAAUAAUGGAGAACCAACCAUUCCUUCCACCAUUGCUGAUGAGUUCACAUACAAUCCCUUCAUGAGAGUAAGGGAGAAGUCCGUUCAAGAUCAUGCAGGGAAAAGUGACCCCAUUGAGACCAUGGGGAUUAUUCGCAAAGAAAAGGACAACUUCCGUGUCCCUAAGGACUGACCCCCGAGGAGGAGUGUAUUUUGGAAAAGUUUGUCACUAUGUUGUCUUGAUGCACUACAAGCUGUUACUACCAGUCUUGAUCAUAUCUUGCUCUUAUGUACAGUAUUUCCAGUAUGUGCUUUGACUUGACUCCGGCUUUACUGAGGCAAUUCUUAAACAUACCAUCACAGUGAUGUCUUGACGUUGAUUUCAAGUCAUGAUGGCAAAUGAUUUUAAUGGAAAGUACCGAAUUAUAUUUUGUCUUCAGAUCUUAACAUGUAGAACAACUACUGUUAAAUAGGUGCACUUAAAAGUAUCGCAAAAUUAUAAUUAGUACAUAUGGAUUUUUACAUCAUUAUUUUUGUUAAACCUUUCAGAACUGUGCAUUUAAAUUGCAUUUAGUGUAAGUUUAAAAUGGUAUAUGACAGAUUUGAGUAAAUAUGGUGUUGCUGCUCUGUAAAUGAAUGUAUAAAUAAUAUAUAUUUUUUGAUAAUGUUGUGAAACUUAAUUGGCACCUUAUCUUGUAGAAUUUAAAAAUCUGGAAAAAAUCUUAAAUAUAAGUUUAAAUAUUCUAUUUAUUUCAUUUUACAGAGAUACAAGUCUUCUGAGGAUUUUUGUUCUUCCAGCAGCAUUGUCAAUGCAUUCAGGCAAUAUUCAUUAAGUACAGUGUUGACAAAAUAUUAGGUGGUUUCACAAAGGUUGUGUUUUGGGUUGGUCUGAGUGUAGUUAUUAAAUUCUUAACCUUUCUCAGUUAGUGUAACAAGUAUUGCUUAAUGUGCACUUACAGGAACACUUGCAGGAAGUUGCACUUUAUUACAUACGAUUAUUCAGGAAAAUGCUUUCUCUCAAACACGUACAUAAGAGAUUUUAUUUGUCCACUCUUGACACGAUGCCUCAGUGAUGUACUGCAUAAUGUUAACAAUAAAGGACGUCAUA